AACCAGCCCCGCAGCCGCGCCCGGGCUCCGUCCCACUGCCGCUCCAGGAUCGGGUUUCCGACGGCCGGGGCGGGCGGUGCCGCCUCUCCGUGGGCAGCGCCGGCGGCGGGAGGGGCGCGUCCUCCGCCGGGGCCGCGGCAGAGCGGAGCGGAGCGGGCAGGUGCGGCGGCUGGGGCUGCGCCUGGAGCCGCGGCUGGAACCGGAGCCGGCAGGUCCGCGCCUCCCCGCGCUGCUCUCCGCCCGUCAGCAUGAAGGUCGAGUUUGCCCCCAUCAACAUCCCCCUAAAGAGGAGGAUCCAGACAGUCGCCGUGCUGCAGUGGAUCUUCUCCUUCCUCCUGCUGGGACAGUUUUGCUGUGGAUUCUUUGUGAUCCUGAUCCUGGGCAACUUCUGGUUCCUUGCUGUUCUGUAUCUGCUGUGGCUCUACCUCGACUGGGAAACACCAUGUGCUGGAGGCAGACGGUCCCAAUGGGUCAGAAGCUGGACUGUUUGGAAGUACUUUAGGGAAUACUUUCCCAUUCAUCUUAUAAAAACUUCAGAUCUGAACCCAAAUCACAACUACUUACUUGGCUUCCACCCUCAUGGGGUCCUGGUAGCUGGAGCCUUCGGAAACUUUUGCACCGGUACAAGUUUCAAAAAUUUAUUUCCUGGGCUUACUCCAUAUCUGCAUAUCAUGCCCAUCUGGUUUGGCUGUCCCUUCUUCAGAGAAUACGUAAUGAGUGCUGGAAUGGUUUCUGCAUCCAAGGAGAGUGUCUCGUAUGUGCUGAAUAACGAAGGAGGUGGCCACGCAUCCGUCAUUGUGAUCGGAGGAGCAGAGGAGUCUCUGAAUGCACAUCCUGGAAGCCUAACACUGAACAUCCUCAAGAGAAAGGGCUUUAUUAAAAUGGCCCUGAAACAUGGAGCUCAUCUGGUUCCGGUGUUUUCCUUUGGGGAAAAUGAACUAUUCAAACAAGUUGCAAACCCCAAAGGCUCGUGGCUCAGAAACAUACAGGAGAAGCUGCAAAAGAUAAUGGGCUUUGCUUUACCCCUGUUUCAUGCUAGAGGAGUAUUUCAAUACAGUUUUGGCUUAAUACCUUACAGGCAACCUAUUCAUACUGUUGUGGGAAGCCCCAUCCCUGUGAAACGGAACUUGAACCCCACCACUGAAGAGAUUGAUGAGCUACAUGCAUUGUAUCUACAGAAACUAAGGCAAUUGUUUGAAGAACACAAAAGAAAUUAUGGGGUCCCUGAGCAUAAAUCUCUCAUCUUCGAAUAGCAAAUUACAAUUGAAAUUCCAAAUCUCAUGGAAAGAAACAG